GUCAUCUGGAGGGGGCAUCCCCCCCCAAACACCCAGCACUUCCCCAGGCUCCUCCUCCUCCACACUGGCAGCCUGCCCGCCCUGUCCUUCGAGGAGGGGCCGGGAGCCACCACACACGCAGCAGCUCCCUCCGCAGCAGGACGCGGGCAGGUUAAGCCUUGGAGGUGAACCUUGAAAGGCCAGUCAGCUGCCUGACCCUACCCGGACCCCCGCCUGGCACCAGGCAGUGACUUCCCAGGGUGACUCCUAAGGCGGAAGAUGGCUGCCCCAGUGCAGGUGCAGACGGGGCCGCUGCUGCUGGGUCUGCUGCUCCUGGUUCAAGGUGCCCAGGCUGGGGGCUUCCGGGAGGACUUCCGCUUCUGCGGCCAGCGGAACCAGACGCAGAAGAGCAGCCUCCGUUAUGAGCGGUUCACGGGGGACACGGUGUCCUUCGAGGAGGAGCGGGUCAACGCCACCGUGUGGAAGCUCCAGCCCACAGCCGGCCUGCGGGACCUGCACCUCCACUCCCGGCAGGAGGAGGGUCCGGGGAAGAUCCUGGAGUACUCGGUGCUGCUGCCCCGCGCGCUCUUCCAGAAGACCAAAGGCCGGAGGGGGGAGGCUGCCCAGAGACUCCUCCUGGUGGACUUCAGCAGCCAAGCGCUGUUCCAGGACAAGAAUUCCAGCCAAGUCUUGGGGGAGAAGGUGUUGGGUAUUGUUGUGCCGAACACCAAGGUCGCCAACCUCUCGGAGCCUGUGGUGCUCACCUUCCAGCACCAGCCACAGCCGAAGAACGUGACACUGCAAUGUGUAUUCUGGGUUGAAGGCUCAGCAUUGACCGGCCCAGGGAGCUGGAGCAGCGCCGGGUGCAAGACCAUCAGCAGAGAGAAGCAGACGUCCUGCCACUGCGACCACCUGACCUAUUUCGCAGUUCUGAUGGUGGCCUCCGUGGAGGUGGACGCCGUGCACAAGCACUACCUGACCCUCCUGUCCUACGUGGGCUGUGUCAUCUCCGCCCUGGCCUGCGUCCUCACCAUCGCCGCCUACCUCUUCUCCAGGAGGAAGUCUCGGGAUUACACCAUCAAGGUGCACAUGAACCUGCUGCUGGCUGUCUUCCUGCUGGAUGUGAGCUUCCUGCUCAGUGAGCCGGUGGCCCUGACAGGCUCCGAGGCUGGCUGCCGCGCCAGCGCCAUCUUCCUACACUUCUCCCUGCUCGCCUGCCUCUCCUGGAUGGGCCUGGAGGGCUACAACCUCUACCGACUGGUGGUGGAGGUCUUCGGCGCCUACGUCCCUGGCUACCUGCUCAAGCUGAGCGUUGUGGGCUGGGGCUUCCCCGCCUUCCUGGUGACCUUGGUGGCACUGGUGGACAUUAACAACUACGGCUCCAUCAUCCUGUCUGUGCAAAGGACCCCAGAGAGUGUCAUCUAUCCUUCCAUGUGCUGGAUCCGGGACUCCCUGGUCAGCCACAUCACCAACCUGGGCCUCUUCAGCCUGGUGUUUCUGUUCAACGCGGCCAUGCUGGCCACGAUGGUGGUGCAGAUCGUGCGGCUGCACCCCCACACCCAGAAGUGGCCCCACGUGCUGACCCUGCUGGGCCUCAGCCUGGUCCUCGGCCUGCCCUGGGCCCUGGUCUUCUUCUCCUUUGCUUCCGGCACCUUCCAGCUGGUCAUCCUCUACUUCUUCAGCAUCAUGACCUCCUUCCAAGGCUUCCUCAUCUUCCUCUGGUACUGGUCCAUGCGGCUGCAGGCCCAGGGCGGGCCCUCCCCUCUGAAGAGCAGCUCGGACAGCACCCGGCUCCCCAUCACCUCAGGCAGCACCUCGUCCAGCUGCAUCUAGGUCGCCAGCCCGCCACCCGGUGUGAGGGAGCAGCGAUGCGGCCUCGCACCACUGCCUGCACCCCUGCUGCCGGCCCCGGGACCUCAGAGGGCUGGAGCUGUCACAUGGCGGCCGGACUCCUGGGCUGGGCCCUUCUGAAUUGGCCCUCGGACCACUGGGCUUGUGGGCUCCCUCUCAAGGGGCUCAGGAGUGGGACCAUCCUCCUGGCCGCCCUCGCCUGGGGCUGAAGGCCAGGCUGAACUCGCCCACCCUGGGCUCAGCCCUCGUGGCUGGGGGUUGGGAACCGCAGGCCCCGGAGUCAGAUGGUGGACCUUGGAGACCUGGCAGAGGCUUUGGCCUCGUGCCUCUGCCCAGGACGGAAGUGGGCCGUGGCUGUCCUGUUUCUGGUGACCACCAGGAGGGUACUCUGCAGCCCCUGUCAUUUUAACCCAAGGGUGGCACCCAGGGUGAAAGGGAUUGGGGCCAGACUCAGACCUCGGCAGGAGGAGACUCCUACCUCCACCCCUACCAGCAGCAGCUGCCCUGCGGCUGAGCUCAGGACUUUGUGCUGUCAGCUUCCCAACCCACCCUCUCCCCUCCCCUGUCCUCCACUCACAGCCCGGGGUCCCCAGUUCUAAUGGCGUAUUUUGGGCCGUGGUUCCCCAGAGCUGCCCUGUGCCUGCGGUAAACCUUUACCUGCUGCCCGGGCCUUUGCAGGGCCCUGACUCAGGCUUAGGAUAGGUGUUCUGGGCUAGUUCCACUUGUCCACCGGGGCCUCUCUGUAAGCCGCAUCACCCUCGUUCACUGCCAAGCCCAUACCUCUCAGGGGACCUCAGCCGCCCCCAAGGCCCGCUGGUGGCAAGAAUUGUGGCACGUGUUGGAGUAAAUCUGUUUCCAUCCCAGCACCCUGCAGACGGAGGCGUAUCUCCGCUGGUGACACCGGCCUAGAGCCCAUCUCAGUUCACUCUGCUGGACAUGGAGGGUCAGACCUGGUCACCCCCACUCCCCUGUGACCUCCUACCCUAGUGUGUGAGGUGCGCUACAGGCAUGGGGCUGGAGGAGCCAUCCGCCUGGCGGGAAAUCCAGGAAGACUUCCUGCAGGAGGCAGCAUUGGAUCUGCAUCUCAGCCUUAGAGAUGGGGAGGAUUUUCUUUAUAGUUACUAAUUCCUUUGUCUUUGAUAUUAAAAAGGAAGUGAUAGUCAUUGUAGAGAAUUUGGAAAGCGUAGAAGAGUGUAAAGAAGAAAAUAAAGUCUGCUGUUGUCAUCACCUAACAAA